AUGUUUUGCCCAACAAACCCAGUGAUAGAUGAAGCAGCAUUUAUUGUUUUAUUGGACACUGGCAGUGUUAAUUUUACCUGCACAGCUUCCCUCUCCUUCGUCCCUGUCACUUCCAGCCACUGCUUUUCUUAUCUUGGGGGUGGCCUCAUACAUAGUUUUUACCUAUGCAAAGAUAAUCUCUGUGGAGUCCAUGUGCAGGGAGAAAGUUUAGUUUACCACAAGCAAAUAAAUCAGAAAGCCAGUCUGUGUGUGACGACUGCUUGGCUUGUGCUUGUGUUGCUUCUUACAUCAUGGUAUACAUGCUUCUCCCUACACUCAGAUUAUCUCCAUGUAGGAAAAACAUUGUGCAGGGUAGGUCUAAGGUUCUUUGUGCUUUAA